AUUUAUAUGAUACUGGUGAAGCCUUAUCAUCGGAUUCGGAGCUGCUCUCCAUUUUCACUCUCCAUCCAUUUCCAUGGCGUUGGCGGCUCCUUUUGCUACCAUUCCUCUGUCCGAUACCAGAGCUUCCGCUCCCUGCAAUUCCCUUAAGCUCCAUAGGUUUCAAUUGCCGGCGGCUUUCCUGUCCGGUUCUUUGCAUUUUCCCUCUCUCAAAGCCUCCUCCAACCCCUUCUCUUCCAGGACUGCUGUUCCUGUCCGUACCUCGGUCCGAGCUAGUGCGGAGGCAGCGCCUCUACAAGCGAAAGUAACAAGCAAGGUGUAUUUCGAUGUGAGCAUUGGGAAUCCAGUAGGGAAGCUUGCUGGGAGGAUUGUGAUUGGAUUGUUUGGGGAUGAUGUGCCCAAAACGGCAGAGAACUUCCGUGCUCUUUGCACUGGAGAGAAGGGCUUUGGAUUCAAAGGUUCUGCAUUUCAUCGUGUAAUCAAGGAUUUCAUGAUACAAGGGGGUGACUUUGAUAAGGGAAAUGGAACUGGGGGUAAAAGCAUUUAUGGUCGUACAUUUAAAGAUGAAAACUUCAAAUUGAGUCAUACUGGACCAGGAGUUGUCAGCAUGGCAAAUGCAGGUCCAAACACUAAUGGAAGUCAGUUUUUUAUAUGCACUGUCAAGACGCCAUGGCUGGAUCAGAGGCAUGUGGUUUUUGGGCAAGUGCUGGAAGGGUUCGAGAUCGUUAAGCUAAUUGAAUCGCAAGAUACAGACCGUGGAGACCGGCCGCUAAAGAAGGUGGUCAUCAGCGACUGCGGCGAGCUUCCGGUGGCCUGAUUUGACCACAUCCGGUUUACUAAUCUUCUCUUGUUCUUCCUUUUGGAUCAACGAGUCUUAACUUGAAGGGCCCUUUGAAUCUUUUUGCUUGUAAAAUUGUACUGUUGGUGAGAUUGUGCUCAUGAAGCGGGAUUUUAUUUGAAAUUAGAUGCUGUUUAUGACAGAAAUUAUGCAAGGAUAUAAUCUUAGUGGCUGCCUUUUUUUUUUUUGGGAGAAAUAAAGAGGGUUGCCUUGUAAUUU